CUCCCUCCCUCCCUCCUCCCUUCCUCUCCAAUAUCCCUUGCUCCAUUAGACAGCUCUCACACCUCUCUACCUCAACCGUGCAACUCACGGCUCCAUGCAUGGUUGAACAAACCUUGAGAUGAUUCGAGCUCGGUCCUGCGAUGGACAUGCUCUUAGGAGACUUUGGAGAAGUCCAAAGUACAUGGUCGUACGUGUUCAUUUGUGCCUAUUGGCAUGUAGCAAGGUUUUGGUACGUAAAGAUACUGUGCACAGCGGUGCAUCUGCUGUUCACCCUGUGUUGAGCAUUAAAUCAGCUUAAGAUCAUUUCACUGCACAAAUCUCAACAGAGGGUGAAUGGCAGAUGUGCGGCCGCACACAGGACAUGUUUUAUGUGCUAGAAAAUAUUCAUGCCUUGGAGGACAAAGGAUCAGCAAAUACAAAAGGCAUGUUGGCGCUGAAGGAUGAUCAGAGAGCUCCAUGUCUCCAAUAGACUGCUGAGGUGCAAAUUCUUUAUGGAGUCUGCAAAAGUAUGAGCUUUCUGUGGCACUUGGUCCCUGUGGAUUGAUUUAUAUGCAUUGCCCUGUUAAGGAGAUGGAACCGGUGGAGAGGAUGAUGUCCGGGUUUGAGCAGUUCAAGAAGGAGGUCUUUGACAAGAAGCCAGACUUUUUCGGUCAGCUUGCAGAGGGUCAAAGCCCUAAGUUCAUGGUGUUCGCGUGUGCGGACUCCCGCGUGUGCCCCUCCGUGGUCCUCAACUUCCAGCCUGGCGAGGCCUUCACCGUCCGUAACAUCGCCAGCAUGGUCCCACCCUACGACCCGACAAAGUACGCGGGCGUUGGGGCAGCCAUCGAGUAUGCGGUCCUCCAUCUCAAGGUGGACAGCAUCGUGGUGAUCGGUCACAGCCGUUGUGGUGGGAUCAAAGGGCUCAUGUCCAUCAAGGAUGACGGGACCACCAGCACUGACUUCAUAGAGAGUUGGGUGAAGAUUGGCCUUGUAGCGAGGGAGAAAGUGAAGGCACAGCACGCGACUUUGCCUUUCCAGGACCAGUGCACCCAAUGUGAAAAGGAGGCCGUGAACGUCUCUCUCCAAAACCUGCUGACCUACCCCUUUGUCAAGGAAGGGUUAGAGAAGAAGACUCUCAGGUUGUUUGGAGGGCAUUAUGAUUUUGUUAAAGGUAGCUUUGAGACAUGGGAGCCUUAGACUUGCACUUUGCAGACCCCUUAAAUGCUUUGAAUUUUUAUUAGUAAAAUAGAAUAACCUUCAGGGUUUCUAACCUGGGGUCUUUUGAUAAGUGAUGUAUGUUCUUAUCAUGUUAUCAUCAAAUACAUCAAUGACAGUAAUGCUAUAAAGAUUUCCUCUCAUGUAAUAUUUUUUAUACGAAAACUAUCAUAAGUUGUCUAACAGUUUAUGAUGCAUCUAUUUAAUUUGAGAUUCUAGAUUUA